GGUCGAUUCUCGUCAUUUUGUGGUUUGGUUGAUGCAGCGGCUGCCUAUGAUUGCUCAUGGAUUGGAAUACACUAUUGAGAAUAUUUUUCUUUUAAGCUUUAACAAUUCUAUAUUUUUAUCUACUGAAUUUAACAAACCAUCGUAUUGUAGGAAAAGGUGAAAUCAGUUAAUGCCUGAUGGACUCUGAAAAUUCAGAGGGAGAGGUGGAGCACCGCGAAUCGGCGACGAAUCGCAUGCGAAUGCCUCAAAAUAUAUGCGAUGAAACUUCGGAUGUGUCUGAUGAUGAAAACAUCUCACAUGCUGCAAGGAGUAUUGAAAGUCCACCAGAGUCGCCUCAAGAAGCUGGACAUUUCGAGAGUCCCCCGGCGUCGCCGGAAAGCGAUCACCAAAGACAGGCAGAAACGCCGUCGAGUCCCCGCUCGCCAGUUGAACCGCGAUCGCCGGACGAACCCAGUUCGCCCGACGCGCGGGGACCGCGUUCGCCCGACGAUGCUGGAGACAAUUCGGCCGAUUUUCAGCCGCGGUCACCGGAGGAAGACGACAGCUACCGCCGGUCGCCGGAAGAGGAGAACCGCAGUAACCGUCGAUCGCCGGCGUCGCCCGGGUCUCGGAGCCAAUCGCCGGUAGGCAGCGAUCAUUCACCGCAAUCGCCGGUAGGCGGCGAUCGUUCUCCGCAAUCGCCGGUAGGCGGCGAUCGUUCACCGCAAUCGCCGGCCGAUAGAGGCAGUCCGAGUCCACCGCCCGUCUCGCGGAAGCGGCUGUCAGAUUCGAACAGCGAUAUCUCGUCGAAUUCGUCGUUCGGUCUGCCCAGCCGACGCGCUUCGGCCGACGUUCCGCCGCCAUCUCCUCCGCCGGCUGCCGCCCCUGCUGCUCCGCCUCCCAAGGACCACGCCGAAGAUCUGUCGGAUGUCUCCGAUCUUGGAAGUCUCGACUCGAUGUCCGAAGAUGAGGGCGAUAAAGAUGCUGUCGCUACUGCUCCUGACAAAAAGUUGGAGAACGGCGAAAGCACGGGUAGUGCUGAGGAGAGAGGAGCAGGCGAUGAUGAGGAGGGGAGAAGCAAAGAGGGGGUGGAGCAGCAUCAGUCGUCUGGAGGGGGAAAGGGGGCAAGCCUAGAGGGAGGAGGAGCUGAUGACGAUGAUGCGGAUGCACUGGACUUUGAGCCAGGCGAAGAGCGGGAGGAGGGGGAGUGUGGGGGCGGGGAUGGUGGCGGGGCAGCCGGUGGUGGUGCGGGAGGGAGUGGAGCCAAAAGUGAGGCAGAUGAGGGGGAGGUGAAGGGGACUGAGGAGGAGCUGGAGGAGGGAGAGCUGACCGAUGAGGGAGAGGCGAGGCCUGAGGAGGUGGAGCCAAGGCCUAUUUGUCGCUUCUACAAUCGGGGGCAGUGUACUUGGGGGUCGCAGUGCAGAUUUCUACAUCCAGGUGUGCCGGAUAAAGGAAACUACACAAUGUUUGAUAUGGUUCGCCCUCUAGUGCCUGUAAAUGGACCCCAAGGUGGACUCUAUCCUCCAAUAGACCCAUACAGACCUAUAGACAGACCGAUGAACCCUGCAGUAUAUCAACAAGCAAGAAAAGAAGAAAUGCCUGUUGUAGAAUCAGCAUGGGAAAGGGGACUUAGGCAGGCCAAAGAGAUGCUGCGAAAAUCGACAAAAAGAAAGGAAACUGAAGUGGAUUUUGAGGAGAAAAAGAUGAACUUGACACUCAGCCAGGAUGAGUUGGACAAGGAGAACGACCUGUAUCUGACGCGAUCUGCCAGUCCCAUCCUCACCGAACCACCUGAAAGACGGCUUUGCAGCCCGCCACCAACGCGCAGCUCUCGGCGUCGCGGCGGCGAGGAGCGACGCAGAAGCGGCAGCGCGGGCGGAGGCGGCGGCGAAGGACGCGGCGGCGGUGGAGGCGGCAGAGGCGACGAGUGGGCCGACCCGUGGAUGCGGUCCAAGUCACCGGUGGGCGGCCGCUCCAAGGGGGGCGGUGGUGGAGGUUCAGGAGGCGGUGCUGGGGGGGCGGGGUCUCGCCGUCGCAAGCAGUCCUAUUCGUCGGGCUCGUCCUAUUCCAGCAGCAGCUCCACGAACAGCUCACGGUCGUCGAGCUACAGCUCGUUCAGCCGCGACUCGAGGUCACGGUCGCGCUCGAGUCGGUCAAGGUCGCCGCUGCCGCACCCUGCGCGCCGCAUCAUCAAGGGCGCCGAACGGGGAUCAGGUAAAGUAUUGUCUGCAGCAGUUAUGUCGGAGAAGUGGGCAGUGACUGAGAAGGCGCGUCACAUGAAUCCGCCGCCCCCGAGUCCGAGGACCAUGAAGGCGGUGCCUGGUGGCGGUCGCGGCCCCUCUUCGCCCGCCCUACUGCCGCGCAACCCCACGCCUCCAUCUGACAGACCUCGUACAGGCUUGCCAGCCAGACUGCUGGCGCACUCUCACACAAAGGCGGCCAAGGCGGUGGCUUCGGCGAUGCGUUCGGCUCGCUCGCGAUCCAAGAGUUCGCACUCGUCAUCCGCCUCCGACACCAGUGGCUCGUCGAGCGACUCCAGCGAGUCCUCGCUCACCUCAUCCUCGUCAAGUCGGGGACCGUCUCCCAGUCGAGCAAAGCGAAUUGUAAUGGAAGACAGACUGGCGAUUGCACAGGCUAUGAAGGUUAAAGCAAUGGACGCUUUAAAGCUUUCUGGACAAAAACAACAAAUCAAACUCACUCUUAAGGGCAGUUCUAAUCCAGAUCGACCAGUUGGACCCACAGCUCCUAUGGCUGGUAAGAAGAGACCACUCUCGCCGACUUUCGAUGACGACGACGAUUCGCCUCCAAAGGGUGGAAAUGCGAGAUCUGCUCUAUCAAAGAAGACAGCUCCCUCGAGGAGAGAAGAAUUACUGAAACAGUUGAAAGCUGUCGAAGAUGCAAUUGCCAGAAAGCGAUCCAAAAUUAUUUAA